CUCCAAGAGGGAGCAAAACUAAAAUGAGGAUGUCAGUUCCUUGCCUUUUAUUUAUUUGGUCCUUUUACAGUUUUGUAAAAUAUUCUCAUUUCACUGGUGUUUACUGGGUUUCCUUUGAGACCAUUUGCAUUUAUGGAUGUAAAACUUUUAGAGUAAAAGAUCAUUUUCUGGAGGCCUCGUCCCUCUUUAUAUUUUUUCUUUACUUUUUUGUAAUGUUUCCAUCAUUUAUAUUAUUGUUUCUUUCCAACUGUGACACGGAUAAAAUAAACGGGGCUGCUGUAGUUGCCGCUAUCUGCCUGUAGGUGGCGGUCGUUCACGUCGCUGCUGUUUCUGAGCAGCAGGAGAAGAAGAAGGAGACAAUAGACGCAGUCGCUGUUUUUCUCUUCGCUGCCGCUUUCCGAUGUUUUCACAUUUUUACAGUUUCCUUUGAGAAAAAUAAACAAAAACGUUGUCACCUACAGUGUUACCUGCGCGCGAGGCAGGAGCACGUCACAGCGGGGAAGAUGGCGGCCGACCGGCGCGAGGACAAAGAGGGAGAACUCAGCGUUCUGGAGGAUCUGUUGACAGAAGCUCCAGACCAGGACGACGAACUCUACAACCCCGAGACGGAGCGCGACAUCAGCGACAAGAAAGGAACGAAGAGGAAAAGUGAGCGCUCGGACAGCCAGGACCUGAAGAGGCUCCGCCCCUCUACAGGCCACACCCCCUCCAGAUCAUCCUCCACCAAUAAGAGAGCGCCGGGGCCCUCAGCAACAUCUUCUAAGAAGUUAUCGAGCCCUCGCAGCCGCCAUGUUGCCUCCACCUACCGCCACGAGUACUACGAUGAAAGAAAGGGACGGAGGCCAACCAGGGGGGACACCAGGCCCCGCAGAGGAGAGGACGUCCACCGGAGGGAGUCCCAGAGAGGCCUGGAGGGCCUCAGCCAGUUGAGGCGUGAUGAACGUCCAAGCCCCGCCCCCCGCGAGGAGGCCGACCAAUCUGAGGAUGAGGGGGCGGAGUAUGGAUCAGAACAGGCGUCCGGUAGCUCCUCCCCUGCUGCCUCCCACGUAGAGGAGGAGGAGGAGGAGGAGGAGGAGCAGGAGGAGGAAGAGGAGGAGGAGGAGGAGGAGGAAGAGGAAGAGGAGGGCAUGGAGGAGGAGGAGGAGGAGGAGGAAGAGGAAGAGGAGGAGGAAGGAGAGAAGGAGGAGGAGGAGUACGAGCGGCGCGGAGCUGAAGGGAACGACUAUGACACUCGCAGUGAGGCAGGCGACUCACGCUCCGCCUCCUCCGUCAGUUUCUCUGACGACGGCGAGUCGGCACGGUCAGGCUCCGCCUCCGACGCCUCAGGGUCAGAGAAGAAGCGUGAGAAGCUGUCGUCGUCGGUGCGAGCUGUCCGUAAAGGCCUAGAGAAUCCCACCAGUAAACUACGCUACAUCCUGAGAGACGCUCGCUUCUUCCUCAUAAAGAGCAACAACCACGAGAACGUGUCCUUGGCCAAAGCGAAGGGCGUCUGGUCGACGCUUCCCGUCAACGAGAAGAAGCUGAACGCUGCUUUCCGAUCGGCACGGAGCGUCGUCCUCGUCUUCUCCGUGAGGGAGAGCGGAAAGUUCCAAGGUUUUGCUCGUCUGGCGUCGGAGUCUCAUCAUGGUGGUUCUCCCAUUCACUGGGUCCUCCCUGCCGGCAUGAACGCCAAGAUGCUGGGGGGAGUCUUCAAGAUCGAUUGGCUCUGCAGGAGGGAACUCCCGUUCAUAAAGACGGCCCACCUUUCCAACCCAUGGAACGAACACAAGCCGGUCAAGAUCGGCCGAGACGGUCAGGAGAUUCAGCCGGACGUCGGUGCUCAGCUUUGUGCCCUGUUCCCAUUGGAUGAAAGCGUUGACGUUCAUCUGGUCGCUCGCCGUGUUCGCCACAAACGCCGGACGCCGUCGGAGCCGCGGCCGCGAGGUCGACCACCGCAGCGUGAACCGGGAAGGCGUCGUCCUGAAGAGUUUGACGUCCAUGGAGGCAGGAAGAGGCUUCGAGCCGAUGCUCCUCCAGAUCUGAUCCAGAGAGCAGGCUUCAUCCAGGACCUGAGGAACCAGCCAGUGGACAGGCGAUUCUCCAGCGUCAGACGCGAUGUUUUCCUCAACGGGUCCUACGACUACAUGAGGGAUUAUCAUCACAGUGUCGGCCCCCCAGGCCCCUGGCAGACUCUGGCGACGUAUCCCGGCGUUGAGCAGCAACCCCCCCACCACCCCCCAUACUACCACCACAGUCACCCCCCGCCCCCCCCUCACCAGGCCUACCACCACCACCCUGCCCUUCCCCCACAUGAGGCUCCGCCCCCUCGCUUCAGAGACAAGCAGCGGGUGCCGCCGCAUCGCGCCUUCGCCUCCAGCCCGCACGACUACGACAUGCGAGUGGACGACUUCCUGCGGCGGACGCAGGCCGUCGUUAGCAGCCGGCGAGAACGAGAACGGCAGCGCGAACGAGAGCGUGGCGUCCCUCGCCGCGACAGGGAGAGAGAGAGGGGGCGGGACCGAGAACGAGAGAGAGAGAGAGACAAGGAGAGGGGGCGGUACCGCAGGUGACCUCCUGAUGUCACCUCCUGUCCACGUGGGCUUUUAUUUUUGAAUUUUUGAAUCUAUUUCCUGUUUGUGUUGAAAAUUAUGAAUAAAAAAACGAUCUUGAUGACAUCAUCAGCUGCUUUGUUUCAUGUGAUGACAUCAUCAUCAGCUGCUUUUAUUUUGACCUAUCAGUGAGUGUGAUCUGUGGUUACCAACAUGAUAUGUCAUUGGAUAAACGAGAAGUCACAUGACAGGAAACAGAAAAACAAUCAUUCAUUCUUUUAUUGUGAAAGGUGAUACGCCCUGUUUUCAGAAUAAAGGAGAAAAAUAUCUGAAUAAUCAUUAAAACGCUGACAUUUAUUUUGAAAGAACAUCUGCUUCCUGUUUGUAUUUCCCACUUUGACUGUUGUUACCACGGUGACGACCCGUCUGUUUUCAGAAUAAAAGCUUGCAUUCUCA